AAAACCGGUUUUAGCGUUAAACCGGAGCCCGACUGGUGUGGGCAGCGCCGGGGCUGGGUCGGCUCCGCUGCUCCUCCGCCGCCGCCUCUCCCCCGGUCCCGCCGCCUCCUCCGGCCCCUCGCACUCCCUCCCCCGGCCCGAAUCGGGUCAGUCGCUCUUUAAAGGCUGGAAGGCGGCACCAUGUGAUGCUCCGGCUCCGGCGGGGAGGGGGCAGCGCCUGCGGGAGCCGAGCGGUGCCGGGCACCGGGGACCGAGCGCAGCCCCGGCGGCCGCGGCCAGCCCGGUUCCCGCAGGUUCCCCGGCCGCCCGCAGCAUGAGCCCCGCCGCGGGCACAGCGCUGCCUCUCCGGCCCUGAGGGCGCCCCAAAACAAGCCCUGGGUUUGCAGGACGAGGUGACCGAGGAAGCACACGGGAGCAGCGCGGACCGCAGCACCAUGGCACACCCCAUCUCAGCCUUCCAGGCUGCCUACAUCUCCAUCGAAGUGCUCAUCGCCUUGGUGUCCGUGCCGGGCAAUAUCCUGGUCAUCUGGGCUGUGAAGAUGAACCAGGCACUGCGGGAUGCCACCUUCUGCUUCAUCGUCUCGCUGGCCGUGGCCGACGUCGCCGUGGGGGCUCUGGUCAUCCCCCUGGCCAUCAUCAUCAACAUCGGACCCCAGACCGAGUUCUACACCUGCCUCAUGGUGGCCUGUCCCGUCCUCAUCCUCACGGAGAGCUCCAUCCUGGCGCUCCUGGCCAUCGCCGUGGAUCGGUACCUGCGGGUGAAGAUCCCAGUCAGGUACAAGAGCGUGGUGACAGCGCGGCGGGCAGCCGUGGCCAUCGCCUGCUGCUGGAUCGUCUCCUUCCUGGUGGGACUCACCCCCUUGUUCGGCUGGAACAACCUCAACAAGAUGCAGAGGACUCAGGAGCCGAACAGCAGCCACACGGAGUUUGUCAUCACCUGCCAGUUCGAGACGGUCAUCAGCAUGGAGUACAUGGUGUACUUCAACUUCUUCGUCUGGGUGCUGCCUCCGCUGCUGCUGAUGCUGCUCAUCUACCUGGAGGUGUUCAACCUCAUCCGCAAGCAGCUCGACAAGAAGGUGUCCUGCAGCGCCAGCGACCCGCAGAAGUACUACGGCAAGGAGCUGAAGAUCGCCAAGUCGCUGGCGCUGGUGCUGUUCCUGUUCGCGCUCAGCUGGCUGCCCCUGCACGUGCUCAACUGCAUCACCCUGUUCUGCCCGUCCUGCCGCACGCCGCCCAUCCUCACCUACAUCGCCAUCUUCCUCACCCACGGCAACUCGGCCAUGAACCCCAUCGUCUACGCCUUCCGCAUCAAGAAGUUCCGGACGGCCUUCCUGCACAUCUGGAACCAGUACUUCUGCUGCAAAGCCGCCAAAAACGGCGCCGGCGCCGCCGAGACGGGCACCUAGAGCUGGGAGGGCAGCACCAGUGCCCACCAGUGCCCGCCAGUGCCCACCAGUGCCCACCAGUGCCCGCCAGUGCCCGCCAGUGCCCACCAGUGCCCGCCCAGGAAGGGGUGAAGCCCCCGGUGGGUUCUUGGCUCAGCAGCCCCUGCAGUCCCCACGGCCACCCCGGGGUUAUUUAUUCACGAGCAUUGUACUGUUUGGAUAUUGUAGCCUGCACUGUUCCUUCUGGUUUAGGAUUUUUUUUUUCCCCCUGUUUGUUUUUGUUUUUCAUUUUUUUAAGCAUUGACAAGUACUUAAGGAGAAGUUGUACAGACGAACUCUGAGUUUAUCUUCAUCAAAUAAAGUCCAGUGAUCCAAACCA